AUGUUUCAUGGCCUGCCGCUACUGCGCAGAGCAUAUCCGCAACAUGUCCUCUCAGCAGCACGCUUGAACGCUUCUCGCGUCCCAACCCGCAUCCUUCGCCCUCGUGUCCGAACCAUUCAAACAGAACGAUUCAGCCCUCUAACGCCCCCAAAUCCAGCCAACCUCCCCAAACCCCCUCCACCACGGCGUCCACGCAAACCUCGCCGCUGGCCUCACCGCCUCUUGUAUCUCUCCGCUAUCCUCGGCGCUGCCUACGUAGUCGACACACAAUGGAAUGCCUCCUCCAUCACGCGCUCCCUCCGCACCUUCAAGACCGGCCUUCUCAUCGGCGCCGACUACAAGCUCAACUUCCGCGCCCACCCCUACACCUACAACUCGAUCGGAGAGCUACACGCCAACAACGCGCAGCGCAUCUUCGACCUACUGCGCGCCAAUGGCGGACUGUAUCUUAAGAUUGGCCAGGCCAUCGCUAUGCAGAGCGCUGUCCUGCCGCCCGAGUUCCAGAAGAUGUUCAGCAGGAUGUUCGAUGAUGCGCCGCAGAACAGCUGGGAGCAGGUCGAGAAGGUCGUGCGGGAGGACUUUGGAAAAAGCGUGGAGGAGGUGUUUGGUGUCAGCUUUGCGCGGCAAGCCGAGGGCGGAGUCCUGGCCGCAGCGCAAGAGGGGAAAGGAGUCAUGGAGCGCACGGCUAGGGCUAGCGCGAGCGUGGCGCAGGUCCAUUGGGCACGGCUGGCUGAUGGCAGGGAAGUCGCGAUCAAGAUCCAGAAAAGGGAAAUCAAGCAGCAGGUAGGGUGGGACUUGUGGGCGUUCAAGGUGGUGGCAAGGGUGUACUCGUGGUGGUUUGACAUCCCGAUGUACACGCUCGUGCCGUACAUCUCCGAGCGACUAAUGCUGGAAACGGACUUCGUAAACGAGGCGAACAAUGCUGAGGAGAUGAAGAACCUCGUACAGAACGAGCCCAGGUUAAGAGAUCGGGUAUACAUACCAAAGGUGUACAGGGAGCUGAGCUCCAAGCGUGUCCUGACGGCCGAGUGGAUAGAGGGCGUAAGGCUCUGGGACAAAGAGGGUAUCACAAGGACAUGGAAAGGCGGCUGGUACCAGGGUUCGCCUGGCGCGGGAGCCACACCACUUCCUCCGCCGCGCGGGGACACCCCGAUCGCCACCAUCUCUGACGACGUUUCCUCCGAUCCGAACAAGGAGCAGCUCAAGCCGAAGCGGGACUACUGGAAAGGCCCUGAUGGUUCAGGCGGUCUCGGACUCUCCCUCAAAGACGUGAUGUCCACGAUGGUCGACCUUUUCUCUGCUCAGAUGUUCUUGUGGGGAACUGUUCACUGCGACCCGCAUCCUGGCAACAUCUUCGUACGGCGGCUGCCGUCAGGCAAGUCGGAGCUUGUGCUCAUCGACCAUGGUCUGUACAUUCGAAUGGACCCCGCCUUCCGCAUGCAGUACGCCCGCUUCUGGAAGAGCUUGCUGGCUUUCGACAACGAUGCCAUCAAGGAGAUCGUGGCCAGCUGGGGCGUCAACAAUCCCGACAUCUUCGCCUCCGCCACGCUUCUGCGCCCGUACGAAGGCGGCGACAGGAGCACGGAAGAGCACAUCAAGAAGGGUGUCAGUGGCAAGGACGAGCAAGAGCGUGCGUAUGAAAUGCAGCAGAAGAUGCGCGCGGGGAUCAAGCAGAUUCUCGGUGAUGAGAAGAAAUGGCCCCGCGAGCUCAUCUUCAUUGGCCGCAACUUCCGCAUCGUGCAGGGGAACAAUCAGUACCUUGGCUCGCCGGUCAACCGUAUCAAGAUCACGGGGCUGUGGGCGAGUCGGGCGUUGGCGGAGAGCAAAGAGUUGCCGUUCCGUGAGCGGCUGAAGAACUGGGGCCGCCAUCUGGUGUUCAGGUUCGUGCUGUUAGGCACCGAUGUCGCCUUCUGGUACUCAAGGCUGAAGCAGAAGCUGGGUGUUGGGAGGGGGAUGGAAGAUGAGAUCGAGGAGAGGAUGAGGAGCAUGGCGAAGGAGUUUGGGGUUGAUCUGCAGCAUGGCGUCUUCGAGGGAUGA